AAGAGAUUAUGUGGGCUGUACACAACUGUUGUUUUAAUCCGCAGAGCGAAGAGAUUUAGCAAAAAAAACACGGGUUUCUCCCCUAGCAGCCAUAUUGUAUGGACAUUUGGUGGAAAAAGCAGUAGGAAAAAAACACUUUCAAGAAGAACCUUGCCAAGACUUUGAGAUAGUUGAUUUUCAACUCACUGGCGGUGGGAUUCCGUUCAAUAGCCAGCAGUCCAACUGGUUGACGAAUUUCACAGAUUGGGGAUCGUAUUUAAAAAAAAUAAUUAUAGAUUACUAUAUUUAUUUUUAGCUUGUUUUAUUAACAGUCGGCAAGAUGAAGGACCGAUUGGAACAACUCAAAGCUACAUGCGACAAUGAUGAUGAGGAAGUGGAAAUUGCUAUUGACAAUGCAGCUUUUAUGGAUGAGUUCUUCUCUCAGAUUGAGGACAUCAGGAACAGUAUUGAUAAGAUUGAUGAGAAUGUCUCUGAAGUCAAGAAGCUCUACUCAGUCAUACUGUCUGCCCCCACAUCAGACCAGAAAACGCAGGAUGACUUGGAGGCUGUCACCAACGACAUCAAGAAGAUGGCUAACAAUGCCCGCAACAAACUCAAAACCAUCGAGAGGAAUCUGGAGUCUGAGGAAGAGGAGAGGAUUUCAGCCGACAUGCGGAUACGCAAAUCACAGCAUGCAGUGCUGUCCAGGAAGUUUGUAGACGUGAUGACCAAGUACAACGAGGCCCAGCUGGACUUCAGGGAGAGGAGUAAAGGACGCAUCCAGAGACAGCUAGAGAUCACUGGCAAAGCUACGACAGACGAGGAGCUUGAAGAGAUGUUAGAGGGUGGAAACUCGGCCGUUUUCACUUCAGGGAUCAUGGACUCUGGGAUCUCGAAGCAGGCUCUCAGUGAGAUCGAGGCGCGACACAAAGACAUUGUGCGUCUGGAGAGCAGCAUCAAAGAGCUACAUGACAUGUUCGUGGACAUCGCCAUGCUAGUGGAGAGCCAGGGUGACAUUGUAAACAAUAUAGAAGCUCAAGUGUGUAAAGCGCAGGACCACAUAGCAGUGGCUAAGACUGAGACCAAAAAAGCCAUCAGGUACCAGAGCAAAGCACGCAAGAAGACGAUCAUUAUAGCAGUGGUCUGUGCUGUGCUCACUGUCCUCAUCCUCGCCAUCAUCCUAUCACAGACAGUAGGGUAAUAGAGGGACCACGCCCCUAACCUCGCCCUCUUCAUUCAUCUUCAUCACUCAAUCUUGCCCUCCUCCAGCUGUGAAGCCAAAGAGGGGGAUGAAGACUCAACCUAUCCCUCCCCUUGCCCUUGGACACUCCCCCUCUCUUACUGUAACUAUAGAAAAAGGCCCAGCCAGUGGGACUUCCUAGUUGGAGUAGGCUGGUGUCCCCCUUGGGGUGGCCGAGAGGAUGAGCACCAGGUGGGAGAGAAACAAGGGGACCAAAGCUGAGACUGGUUAUUAGCCCCUGAUAAAGCUAAACAAAAAAAGGGAAUCUGAAGAAGUGGAAAUCUUCACCCUCACAUACAACUAAAUGGACACCAUGCAACAUUUCAUUGAAAUUCUCUGAACUGCUUUCUAUUUUUCCAAUAAUGUCAAUAAUUUAAUUGAUCUUGAUCCACACUUAAGGGAACCUGAUGCUCCUUUCCCCAUUACAAAAACCUCCAUCCACUUAAUGUACCCCCGCCACCACCCUUGCCUUGUUGUCUUGCCAUUAUGAACCUCCAAGCUGAAAAGUAGCCUCCUCCAGCCCACAGAGGAAUGGUGCAUUGUUUAACUCCCCUAUGAUUCUUGGAUUGAGGGACACGAGUGGAUUUCACUUCAGUCUAUGUGAAAGCAAUGACUCUGUGCAUGUUUGACGCCACUUGAAUAAUAUAUUUUUUUAAAUCCUAAAGCACACCUUACCUCUGAGCGUUUGGGAGAUAUCUUCGUCCAACAUCUGAUUUGCUUCUUAUGCCUUCCUUUACAAUCUGUCCAAUCAAAUUAAUUUCAAUUUAAUUUCAAUUCAAUUAAUUUCCCCACACCUCAGAUGCGGUAGCCAAUGACGAGGCUCUAAAUGGGACAUUGAGGGUCUGGAAAUUUCAAGCUGAACAUUUUAAGAUCGUUUUUUAAAUAAAUUUUUUAAUGUAAUCUUCACUGUAGUAUU